AAUCGUGUUACUUGUGGUUGAAACAAUGCAUUUCCUAUAGCCUACAUACUAGCGAGGCAGUCGUUGUGGUUGGUUUCAUUUUCUGUUCAACGCCCACGUCUUCAUCACGGAAUACCACGGAAGUAGGAAAUAGGUCACUAUGUCAGAGAAAGAUGAAGAGACAUUCAAGUCUGUGGACUUGGAGCAGCAAACCGAAAAGUCUCCAGAACCAGACAUCAAUCCUCAAGAAUCUCCUAGUGAAAUCGAAACAGAUAAACCAAGCACACCUUCUACAGAAGCAAAGGCUGAAACCACCCCCUCUACACAAACUUCAACGGUCAAAGCUAAAUGGACAUCAACUGCGGAACAGUUUAAAUUGAAGAGAUUUUUUGUCCUCAGGCCUGGAACACUGGACCAUGGUAUUCAGGAUGUUAAAGCUCUGGUGAAUCCCACGGAAGAUGGUGCUAUCCAGAGCGUCUGGCUCAUGGCUGAGGUUGAUCAUUGGAACAAUGAGAAGGAGCGUUUGGUGCUUAUCACAGAGAAUACCCUCCUCAUCUUCAAAUAUGACUUUGUCAUGCUUAACUGUGAGCAGGUUCAGAAAAUUCCACUCAACUUUAUCGACCGCAUCUGCCAUGGUAGCUUCUGCUUUCCACCACGUUCCCUUCUUACGAGAGAAGGUGAGGGUGUGCGGGUGUUUUGGGACAAACUCAGAGAACCGUCUUUCACUUCCCGUUGGAAUCCUUUUUCUGUUGACUAUCCUUUCGCUACAUUCACCUAUCACCCUGUCAAGAGUGCCAAUGAGGAGCUGGGCCGCCUCUGUGAUAUUCAGAACUUCAGGGAGCAGCUGAAUUUGGCAGCACAGAAAGCCCACAGCAAGAAUCCUGUGCCUGGGAAAGCCAACGGGGUUCUUGUGCUGAGUCAACCCAUCCUAAUCGAAGCAUACGUGGGUCUGAUGUCUGUCAUAGGCAACCAAAACAAGCUGGGCUAUUGCUUGGCACGAGGCAAUAUUGGUUUCUGAGUUUUCCAAUGAAGAUUAACACUAAGUCAAUCUCUUAUACCAGCUGAGCAUGUGUAAUUUAUACUUCUAUAAUAUUCUAUAAGGAAAUUUUAAAUCAAGGGAAAUGUAUCCUAAAACACAUCAAACCAUUUAGUUUCAUCUAGUUAUAUUGCCCCAAAAUCUUUUAAAUAACAAUGGCAAUCAGUCAUUUGCUUUGGGCUGUGUCAUAACGUACAAAGUAUGUUCUCCCUCCUCCUACGACUUCCUGUAGAAAUCUUGCUUUUCGUUUUCUGUUUUAGUUAUUUCUCCUCAGAAACUGAUUCAUCGCUGUGUCAUUUGUACAGUGCCUUUCCUUUCUUUCUGUAUUUAUGCUGAUAUUCUACCUCAUCGCAAGGCUUCUUACAGGGCAAUUGAUGCAUGAAGGUACUCAAGUCAUAUUUGUUUGAAGGUUUAGGGUUUAUUAUUACAGUAAGACACAGUGCUGGAUUUUCCCUCAUUGUGUAAUUAUGACAUUCACUCAGUCGUCUUGAUUUGUUUCUACAGCAGAAUGUCAAACAUAUCGUGAAGUCUUUUUAAAAAUAAAUGCUAAUACAGAAACUUGGCUCAUUAGUGCUGAAUACAUAUAUUUUCAUGAACUACAAUUAGGAGUAAUUCAAAAAAGUGUUCCUGAUGUGUGCCUCAUUUAUCUGAAUAGUCCACACUGUUUUGAUUUAUGGGGCAUUCUAAGGUGGGGCAAGUGGCCAAUGUAACAAUGUCUUGUUAAAAAUACAUGUACAUUUUCAAAAUGUACUGCAUUUGUGUAAAUUAUACAUUUAACAUAAUGUAUAUUGUCCCCUUGUGGUGUGUGCACACCAAAAGCGAAUUUAAUGCAUUCAAUACAUACAAAGUCAAUCCAAAGCGAACGCGCGAUAUAGGCCUACACUGUAAAAAACAAUUUGUUGAGCCAACUUAAAAUAUUUUGUUACCUGGCUGCCUCAAAAUUGUAAUCUCAGUCAACUCAAAAGAGUUUAGUCAACUUGAAAUGUUAAGUUGUACUAAGUGGCAACUUAGAUAUUUAAGUUGAACUUAAAAUUUUAAGGCAGCUGGGUAACAAACCCAGCUUUUAAGUUUAACAAACUAAGUUUUUUGUUUACUUAACUCAUAUCUAAGUUGUAACUUAGUACAACUUAACAUUUCAAGUUGACUAGACUGAACUUAAAAUUUUAAGGCAGCAGGGUAACAAAUUAUUUUAGGUUGACUCAACAAAUUAUGUUAUUUUGUUUUUUACAGUGUACGCCUCAAUCACGUCUUCUGCGCAAAUUGAAAAAAAUCAACUUGAGUGAAAAAUUCGGUUGUAUCAGAAUUUUUUUUUUUCUCAGAACUGCCUGUUAUAAACUCACAAUUCUGACUUUUUUCGUAAAAUUGUGAGAUUUAAACAUACAAUUGUCUGCUGUAAAGUUAGAAUUGUGAGAUAUAAACUUCCAAUUCUGAAAAAUGAAGUCAGAAUUGUGACAUAAACUCACAAUGCUGAGAAGUAAACUCACAGUUCUGAGAAAUAGUCGCAGUUCUGAGAAAAAAAUGCGAGGUAAGUCAGAAUUGCAAGUUAUAAAGUCAGAACUGCGAAA